GUUUAACAAGUCUCUUAAGUGCUGUUUCCCUACUGAUGGAGAAUUACUUCCAAGCAGAAGCUUACAACCUGGACAAGGUGUUAGAUGAAUUUGAACAAAACGAAGAUGAAACAAUUUCUCCUACUUUACUGGACACAAAGUGGAAUAAGAUUUUAGAUUCCUCUUCUCACCGACUGUCAUUUAACCCUGCAUUGGCCAGUGUGGAUGAACCUGUUGUUUCUAAUGAGUCACAGUCACAGCUGAAAGUCUUCUCUCUGGCUCAUUCAGCUCCCCUGACCAAGGAGGGAGAAGAUAAUUGUGCUGACGGACAGCACUGUGGUUUAAAUUCAGGGAUUGCCACUAUGUGGAUUGAUGAAAGUGCCAUUGCAGAAGAUCAGUUAAUUAAGAGAAACUACAGUCAGGAUGAUCAAUGCAGUGCUAUUGAAGUGGGAGAGAAAAAAUGUGGAAACCUAACUUGUUUGCCAGAUGAGAACAAUGUUCUUGUUGUAGCUGUCAUGCAUAACUGUGAUAAAAGGACAUUACCAAGUGAUUUUCAGGAUUGUAGUAAUUACAAUAGUCAAUCCCUUGAGGAUUCUCUUAGUUGUUCACUGGAUAAUGAAAACAGACAAACUAAUCAACUUAGUUUUAGCAUGAAUGGAUCCACUGUAAAAGACAUGAACUUAGAGAAACAAAUGGAUCCAUUGAAUAGACCAAAAACGGAGGGGGAUUCUGUUAACCAUCUAUGUACUAUUUCUUCUGAUACUCUACCCAGUAUCUGUUCCCCUUCACAAUUAAAGGAUGAUGAAAAUAUGGGUAGAGCCCCCUCCAUGUCUGUUGUUACAAGUUUAACAGUUGAUUUAGUGAUCUCAUCCCAGGGAACAGAUGGAGGUCCUGAUGAUAAAAAGCAGGAAAACUAUAUGUCAGAUGAGAAAAACAACUCUCCUAGGAUGGAUCUAGGGAGUCCAAACUCCUUUUCCCAUUUGAGUGAGGAGAUGUUGACAAAAAAAGAGUCAACAGAGGAGAGAACAACUGAAGAAACCCUCUUGUCUGUUUUACCUUUGUGUCUCAAACCAGACAUGCCUAAUGGAUCUGGAAGGGAUAAUAACUGUGAAGAGUCUUCAGAUUGUCUUGUGCCUAGUGAAGUUAUGGCUAAUGAAAAGGAAGUUUAUGAGCAUGAAGAAAUUCUUGGCACUACAGAAUUUCUUAAUAUGACAGAUCGUUUUUCUGUCUCUCAGGAGAUGACUGAUUGGAAAUUGACUAAACUAAAUGAGACGAAUGAUAGCCAAGUAAAUGAAGAACAUCAAAAGUUCUUACAGAGUAGUCAGCCUGAGGACACUAAUGAUGAGAGUGGAGGAGAGUGUGUUGGAAUGGCAGAUGCAGGUCUAGAUUUCAAAGGAACUUACAUGAAUGAAAGUGCAGGAUGUGAUUUAUCCACUGUUGUAGAUACACCAGCAGCAAAUUCCCUAUCUAAUGGAUGUGAUUCCUAUGGAAUGCAGAGCCCAAUUGUUUCUUUUGUUCCAAAGACUUUACCUUCCAAAGAAGAUUCAGUAACAGAAGAAAAGGAAAUAGAGGAAAGCAAAUCAGAAUGCUAUUCAAAUAUUUAUGAACAGAGAGGAAAUGAGGCCACCGAGGUUAGUGGACUACUUUUAAACAGCUCUGGAGACCUCAUGAAGAAAAAUUAUUUACAUAAUUUCUGUAGUCAAGUUCCAUCAGUGCUUGGGCAGUCUUCCCCCAAGAUAGUAGCAAACCUGCAAUCUAUCAGUGUUCCUUUUGGUGGUGCAAGACCCAAGCAACCUUCUAAUCUUAAACUUCAAAUUCCAAAGCCAUUAUCAGACCAUUUGCAAAAUGACUUUCCUGCAAACAAUGGAAAUAAUAUUAAAAACAAAAAUGAUAUUCUUGGAAAAGCAAAAUUAGGGGAAAACCCAGCAACCAAUGUAUGCAGUGCAUCUUUGGGAAAUAUUUCUAUUGCAGAUACAAAUGGGGAACAUUUAGAAAGUUAUGAGGCUGAGCUCUCCAGUAGGCCAUGCCUUGCAUUAGCUCCAGAUAGCCCAGAUAAUGAUCUCAGAGCUGGUCAGUUUGGAAUUUCUGUCAGAAAGCCAUUUACCACUCUGGGCGAGGUGGCUCCAGUAUGGGUACCUGAUUCCCAAGCUCCAAAUUGCAUGAAGUGUGAAGCCCGGUUUACAUUCACUAAAAGGAGGCAUCAUUGCAGAGCAUGUGGGAAG